UUGUCAUGAAAUCCAACAAACUAAAUAUUUAAAAAAGGCCAAUGAUACUAAUACAUAAUCAAUUGAGUCAUCCUCCACCACUUAAAACUUCAAAACUACACCUAUCCCUUCACCGGAACUCCGACAUGUCCCCUCUAUUCGCAAUUAUCUCUCUUAUCAUCCUCAUAAUCAUACCGACUCUCGUAUAUGCUCUCAUCUACGCUAUGAAACGCCCCCAAACCAUUUUCCGGCGAAGCUCCGGCGAUAAUUCCGGUGAGGUUAAAACAUGUCAUAUGGACACGACAUCGAUAGUAGUAAAGUACGAGAAAAAGUUGUCGUCCGAGGAGAAUAAUGAGGAUUCAAGCAACGAGUGUCCGGUGUGUUUAACGGCGUUUGUUGAAGGAGAAGAAGUUAGACAAUUGAUGACGUGUAAACAUAUGUUUCAUUUUAAUUGUAUUGAUAAGUGGCUAUGUUCGAAAUCUAGUUGCCCUGUUUGUCGUGCUGCCGUUAACGUUAGACGUCCUAAACGUCCGCCGGUAGUUAGUUUUGAUGAUGAUUUCAGGCAAGGCUUGCCGGAUGCUGCUUCUUUAGUUUGAUAGGACCUAUAGGUGAGAUAGAGGGAUUAUUUCUAUAGAUUUGAUAUUCAAGAUAAAAAUUAUUUAGUAAAUAGUUUAUAUUAUAUAUACUUUUUUUUUUUUUA